AUGGGCACGUCAGCGGAACACGGCGGCGGUAGGAUCACUGUGUGCUGUAGGAUUCGUCCGCUCGGCACCUCAACAGAGAGAGUUCCGAUCGGUACCAACCAUCGAUGUUUAUGGGUACAUUCAGCUGAGCCUUCUUCGGUGCUAGCGGGACAAUCCGGCAGUAGCAGUAGCAGUACCGCCAGGUGGGGAGCGAGGACAGUAAGGGGCGGCGCGAGGAAUGAUCGGUGGGGUUUCACUUUCGACGAUGUGCUAGAGGCCGGAUGCUCCCAGGAGGAGGUGUACCGAAAAUGCGCGAAAGACAUCCUGGAGUCGGCGCUCAACGGCGUCAACGGUACAAUCAUGGCGUAUGGGUGUACGGGGGCAGGUAAAUCGUACACGAUGAUGGGGAGCGAUCGAGAUGGGGUAGACGACGCCAAUAGGAGCGGGAUAUGCGCGAGGGCGCUGCGGGACGUCUUCCGAGAAGCCGCCCGCCGCCGUAGAGGAAAUGACAAGCCCGCUAUCACGAUCCAGAUGUCUUUCGUGGAAAUCUACAACGAGCAGCUGUUCGACCUUUUGCUCCCGCCCGAGGCCUACUCAUCGGCCAACCAGCAGCAGCGGCGGUUUAGUGUUUACGGCGGAAAAGAGAGCGCCGUGGGUGGAAAGAGAAACACACCCUUGUCUUCCAUCCAAAGGUUGGUGGGAGAACUUGAAGUCGGGAGCGCUGGCGGCAGCGGCAGCGGCCUGCACGCUCCUCUGACAACAACACCGGGUGCCCGUCAGCAGAUGGCGGACCUGGCAAUCUAUGAGCGACCUGACGGCUCCACAUACGUCAAGGGGCUUCGCGUACAUACGGUGUCGACCGAAGGCGAAGCGUUGAGAUACUUGCGAUGCGGCCAGGUGGCAAGAGAGGUCGCCGAGCAUCAGUUCAACCGCGUUUCUUCCAGGUCACACGCCGUCCUGACCGUCCACCUCGCCAUGUCUGGCGGCGACGAGGGGAAGACCACAGACGAGCAGAACGCCGGACGAGGAGUUGCAAAAGGACCGGGACGGUGGAUAGGAGGAGGAGGAGGAGGAGGAGGAGGGGGAGGAGGCGUAGCGACGACCUCAAAGCUAAACCUGGUGGAUUUGGCCGGGAGUGAAAAGAGCGCGACCGGAGCGACAGGCGCGAACGCGGUGCUUCACCGCGAGGGUCGCUUCAUCAACAAAUCCCUCACGUUUCUGGAGCAGGUCACGAUGGCGUUGGCGGACCAGACAAGGGAGCACGUGCCGUUCCGAAGCUCGAAGCUGACUCACUUCUUGAAGGAUUCACUAGGUGGAAACUGCCAGACUCUCAUGGUCGCGUGUAUUUGGCCGCGCCCGGACCUGUUGCAGCAGAGCCUCGCCACCUUGAAGUUUGCCGCCCGCAUGCGCUGUGUGAAGAACUCCCCGAUCGUGAACGAGCGGUCCUGGUCGGCCGACGACGAGAUAGCGAGGCUGCGAAGUCAGGUGGAUCUGCUCGAGACACAGCUGGCGGCACAGCAAGCCGCCGGAGGCGGCGGCCGAGCAGGGUGCGAGUCCCCAGCGUACGCCGACAAUGUCCCGCAGCACGACCGUCGUCGUCGUCGUCGUGUCUGGGAGGAAGCCGGCCGGUUCGUUCUGGAGGGAAGAAGCAACAACAACUGCGGCGGCCGCCGCCGAGCGACCGCCGAGGCGACGGGGGGGCGGCGGCGGCGGGGAAAAAGAAGCAGCGGGUUGCAGGCAACGGCGGCAUGUGGCAGUCGGGAGGAUGGCGACGGGCGAAAAAGCGACAGCUUGACGACGGUGCCGUCGGAGGAGGGAGAUGAUGACGAGGAGGAGGAGGAAGAAGAAGAGGAAGAGGAGAUGGCGGAGGGUGAAGCUGGAGAUGACGCCGGGCAUCGCGGACGGAGCAACAAGAUGGCCGAAGCGAAGACGGACGCAAAGGCGGCUGUGCAGCGAGUCCGCUCGCUGGCAAGCGAUCUCACGGGCCGCGUUAACGACGCCAAGGGGGGGAUUGAUGUCGCAAGGGCCCAGCUGCGGCAGCACCAACAGCGGAAAGGGAGCCAAGGAGACGGAGACGAGUGCGAGGAGGAGAAAGAGCGGGAAGAGCACAUCAGCAGUGCUACGCUCGCGCUGACGGCACAGCUCAAGAGUCGAAAAAGGGAGUACCGCGUCUUGUUCGAGAAGCUUGCCGGUGCUAAGGCUGAGCUCCGAAAACUGCGACAGGACAAACAGAAGGAACUGGCACAAUUGGCGGCUGAUUUCGAGUGUCAACAGGAAAAAUCCUUCCGAAGCCGAAGCAGCAGCAAUAGCAAUAAUCGCAGCACUGACACCAGCGCCUCCUUCCUUCCUGCCCUCCGCCCCACAGCCGCCAUGUCCUUGGCCGGUGGUGGUUGUGCGGCGGCGACAACGACAGCCCGUUGCGGUGAAGAAAAUCGUGGCGAUGGCGGUGGUGGUGGUGGCAGUAUGAGCGGUGACGGGGCUGGCGAUGUUGGGGGCAGGCAUCUCGUUGCGUCGUCGUCAGUGGCGUCGCCGUCGGCGGCGAGGGCUAAGGCAGUUGUUCUCCAGCAGCCGCGCGCGGCUUCCUUUUGA